CAGUCAGUGCCGCGAGCUCGCUUUGACAGCUGCGACGCCAUAUUGGAAAAACUAUUUUCCCGCGGUUUCUAAUGGUGUUUUUCCAAUACCAUUAUCGAAGUGUGUGUUUGGUUCAGUGUUAUUGUUGUUUCGUUGAUUAUAGUUUCUUUCAGUUUUAGGCUUUAAUUAGUAAAUGUGAUUGGUUUUUGUGUUGUCACAGUCAAACUCUACAUGCAUGCACAUGGGACUUAAUAUUAUUAGUACCUUGCACAUAUGCGACUUUCACACGAAUAUCAGCAAUUUGUAAAACUGAAAAUAAACAUUGUAUGAUGUGUCUAAGUAGUUAAUAAGCAGAAAAUUUAUCCAUAAUGCCAGUGUACUUAUGGCAAAUGUAGUAAACAUUGAAGUUUUGUUCGUCCAUCAACAGACCCGCAUAAUGAGAAAUCGAAAUCACUCACCUAGCCAUUAUAACUACAAAUGACAACGUUUAAAAACACAUAAAACUUUUACAGACUGAUAAAGCAAACGAGCUACAAACUUUUCACUUACAUGUCAAUUUCUGAACGAUAUUCCCGCCAUUUUAACUUAACACGACAAGGAGGUUGUGAUGCCGAAAAUGCGCAAAAAGUUCCGCGACCAUGGCGUUAAAGAACCUGCAGUUGUUUCGGCCGGCGAACCCUGGUAGCAUGCUCUACCACCGCCCCGCGACGCCCAUGAGAGCUCCGCCCACGGCGCUGUCGAGGACCAUCUCCAGGUCUGCUGAGACCCUGGUGGGGUCGGCUAAGGCUGCUAAAGACAUAAAGCGCAAGGCGCGUAGUACGGAGCACCCUGGUCCUUUGGUGAAGGGGUCGAGCAGCAUCGGGCUGCCGGCGCUGGUGGCCGCCGACCGCGCCGCGCACACCGCGCGGGACGACGAGAGCCUGCGCAGCCGCUCUAGGAAUGGCAGCGGCAGCAGCCGGGCGGGCAGCCUGGACCGCAGCACGCGCGGCUCCAGCUCGCAGCUCUCCGACGAGGACAACAUCAACGUGGUCGUCAGGGUGCGUCCCCUCAACAACAAGGAGCGGGGGCUCGGGGGCCGCGAGGCGCUGCAGUUCCCGGGCAAGGGGCAGGUGGUGUGCGACGCCGGGCCCGGACAGAAGCCUAAGGUGUUUUCAUACAAUGUCGUGUUUGAGCCCGCUGCUACGCAGGAGGACAUAGUGGAGUACUCCGGCAUCAAACGGCUACUGGAGAUGGCAGUAGAGGGAUUCUCGUGCACUGCCUUCUGCUACGGUCAGACUGGAAGCGGGAAGACACACACACUGACCGGGCCGCCGGGGUUGGUGGAAAAAGGCACGUCGCCGCACGCCCCCGAGCACGGGCUGGUGGUGCGCUCGUUCGUGCACCUGUUCCGCCUCAUCCGGGACCGCCCCGACAGCCACUUCAUACUCAAGGCUUCCUUCCUAGAAAUAUAUAAUGAAAAGGUAAUAGACUUAUUAAAUCCAGGCAGCGCCAGAAAGCCGCUGCAAGUGCGAUGGUCGAAGGAGUCCAGAAGCUUCUACGUGGAGAAUCUGUUCACAGUCGACUGCGAGGAACUAGACGACUUGUUUGCGGUUUUAGAAGAAGGCAUGCGCAAUCGCGCAGUAGGCGCGCACGCGAUGAACGCCAACUCGUCUCGCUCGCACACAUUACUCUGUGUACGGGUGCGAAGAGACCUGCGAGCUGAUGGGUCCGUCACCUGCUCCACUCACGGGAAGAUCAACUUCGUGGACUUAGCCGGCAGUGAGAUGACCAAGAAGACCCAGAGCAGUGGGAAAACGUUGGAGGAAGCGAAUAAUAUUAAUAGGAGUUUGAUGGUUUUAGGUUAUUGCAUAGCCCAACUCAGUGAUGGUAAGAAAAGGGGCCACAUACCGUAUCGGGAUAGCAAGCUCACCAAGCUACUGGCCGACAGUCUCGCUGGGAACGGAGUCACACUUAUGAUAGCGUGUAUAGCGCCAACCAAGACGAACUUGAGCGAAACUAUAAACACACUUCGAUACGCUUCCCGAGCCAAGAAGAUUAAAACUAAACCCAUCGUUAAAAUGGAUGCCCGAGAUGCACUAAUACUAAGUCUGAAGAGAGAAGUGGAAGCUUUGCAGGCGGAGAACCAGCAUUUAAGAACCGCCCUGCAUGUCCAGACCGACUACAGUAUUGACUCUUAUAACAACCGCCGCCCCCUGCCCCAAAUCGAGCCGAGCAAACUACUCCAACUACCACCAGCAGAACUAGUGGACCUAGUCCAGAUCCACAUGGAAGAGAACACGGCCCUGAGAAGAGAGAACACAGAGCUGUUCUCCAUACGAGACCAGAUGCUGCGAGACCACGAGCUGGUGAGCCGCGAGAACGAACGCCUGCUGAAGAAGCUUGAGGAUGUUAACUCUGUUUGUGUCAGGUCGCCGAUCAUUCCAGCGCGACCAACCUAUUCAGAAACUGCUCAAAGUGAAAAAGACCAGCCCAACAUUUGGACCAACCCUGAAGUCACUUCGGCCAAUACCAGCAGCAGAAGUGGAGGCAGCUAGAGCCUUUGAAACAUAGUGUGAUCUAGAUAUUUUUAGGGUACCAAUUCUCAACCAUGCAACUUUUAUUGUAUGUGUGAUCAAGAAUUUUACUGCCCUCAGUUUUAAUUACAAGUCUGUUAAUGUAGAUUUCACUACCAGUAAAGUAGUCUAGGUAGUACUAUAUUUUUGUCUGCAGUGGUAUUGUAGGGAUCAUUGUCAGUUUUCCAAAUUGAUCAUUAUGCAAUUAUUGUAUGUCUGAACUUCAUGGAAGUAUUGUUAUGAUUGGAUGAGUGAAUGUGAGUGUGUAUUAUAAAAUUCUGAUCUAGCAUCAAGUGGAUUGCUGCUGAGUUCUAAUAAUUUCGUGACAAUAAUUUAAACAUGAUAAACCUACAUUAUAGAUUUUCAUUUCAAAAACUACAUAGAUACUUAAUACAUCAAUUAUAGUGAUACACUUAAUAUGGUUUGCUUUUAUCUCAGUAUAUCAAUACCUAAUAAGGACAUUGUACAUAAUUUCCAUGUAUAUUUUUAUUAUAAGUAAAA